AUGUCGCAAGACGAACUUGAGAGGCCACAAUCAAGGGCCACGACCCCCGCCAACGAAUACCACUGGUACCUCCUCUACCAGCUCAUCCGCGGCCUAGAGUGGCUCCGGCUACAUGUCCAAAGCAAUGAUCCCGAUGCGCCCGUACAGCAGCUUUCAGCCGAAACAAAAGAAACCUUUCGCGAAAGCUUGGACAGGGAGAUCGAAGAGACCAACACGACCGACAACCUCCUCUACGCAGAAAGCAUGAAGUACGAAGACCGCGUCAAGAGCUUCCCGCAGGAGUCCUGGUCGCACGACCUCCGCCUGGGCAAGUUUCGACAGCAGCAAGGCUACAACGAGCGGUUGGAGAGAUUCCGGCGCGAGUGGACGGAGGAGGCGGCGCUGGAGAGGAUUGCGGAGUUGUUUGCUGUGUGGACGAAUGUCAGGAAGCGGCUGGGGUUGAAUGAGGAGGCCAGGUAUAUGGUGGUUGUGAGAGAGCAUAUGCUGAAGACGGUGGCGGCGAGACAGGCGGCUAGGAAAAAGGCGACUUAUUCGCUUUGGCCGAAGAUGCCGGAGGCGAAGGUGAUGGAGAAGAGGUCACCAAAGUGA